AUGAAGCUCUUCAACAACUUCCAUGAGAAGCUACUCAACAAUGCUGUUGAUUCUUCAUCCACUAUUGCCAUGUCAGUUUCUGAGCAGGACAUCUCUGAGCCUGUCAAAGGCUUGGAGGGGAAUGCUGACUUGGAUAACAUGCCUGGACAGCCCCUGAUGGAGUCAAGCUCAGACUACCUGUCACACAUUUUCUCAAACUCUCAGCUUCCCAGGCUGUACAAGUUUGAGUCAGAGGACUCUGGGGUGGAACUGCCCAGUGGAACCAACUCUCCCUCCACACCCACCGGCUCGGAGCAGAGCUUUGUGGUCCACAGCCGGGAACCCUCCUAUGACUCCUGUAACCUCAACACUCCUGUUCCUACCCCAGAUCCACUCCUCACGUUAGAUCAGUGCUCUGACACCAACCAAACAGAGGGUAUGAGAGACACACCAUGUAUGACUGCAGACAGUGCAGUGCAGGAGUGUGAUAUGGUGGAGUCGGGGGCUGAACUCAACACAGAAGUUGAGAGGGUAGACCUUCACAUAACUGAGAAGGACAUAGAUAUGGAGCGGGCCCAGCACACAGCCUUGAGGGACCCCACUGAGGACAGUGAAGGGGUUUCAGAACAGCUGGGUGAGAACAGGGCUGUAACUGAGGGGGUCAACUCAGAGAACACAAGGCCCAGGAGACAGUGCCUUACAGGGGCCUGUGACGAUAUGACAGGGGUUGACUUUGAGCAGCGGCCUCUGAGGAAAGGAACGACGAGUGACAGCCUGGAGGAGUAUAUGGAGGAAUGCUGCAGACUGAGUGAGGUAAAGCCCACUUGUUAUUUACUCACAACAUCCUGGCUUCUCCGAGGGCUGCAUGUAAGCCCACAGAUAUUCCUAAUGUUUUAUAUUCUGUUUUAUGUAGGAACCAUAAAGUGUUAUUUAUGGGGAAACUAUUCCUGACACAGAGCGAUGACUUAGUGCUGUUUACCAUCUGUGUACUUUCAUCUGCAACAUUAGGUCUAUUUGCUACUUGAACAGAAGCAGGUACCUUGUGUUUCCUUUCAUUUAUAUAUAACACAUUUCCUGCUGUCUUUAUGCUUACGAAGUCAGUGAGCGAUGGCAAUUAACGGGACUUGUUUAGACUUCCUCCAAAUCUGCAGGGACUUGAGGAAAGGCCCCUUUUGGGUGGUGGACAACAAAUAUCUUUACGCUCCCUGUCAUUAUCCCUAAUUACCAACCCUUCCCAGCCUCUAUGUCACCAGCUAAUCACAGAACCUCCAAUGGGCAGGAAAUUGGGGGAAAUUGGGGGUAUUUCGAGAGCAAUUAUCAACCUUGUCUUUGAGUUUACAAGAGAGUGCUAGAUUAAAACUAAGGUGAAUCAAACUUCUAAAAGACACUCAAUUAGGCAAUAAAGGUGUAGAGCUCAUUACAUUAUUGCAAUAUGAAAAUGUCAUACUGUUAUAAGAUAAAAGGGAACAAGAACUCAUCUUAAACCCCUCUUUAUGGGUAAAAAAAAAGAAAUACAGUAUUCUCAUACUGAACAUCCAUGACGGCUAUGACCUCAACUUGUCCUUAGUGAGAUAGCUGAGCAACAAAACGCUACUUUACCCAUUCAUAAGGGCCAGUAGAGGCACGUUCCCUAACAAAAGCUUUCCAAUGAGAGCUGUGUUUUCAUUCAUGUUUGGAAAAAAAGACAUCUUCUUUUUCAUGUUCCAAAUGAAAAAACAGUGUCCUCUUGCGGAGCUGCACCUGACAGCUGUGGAGCUUUGCCAACCAAUAAUAACCUGUUUGAUGUGCUGCUCAACUCAUCACUAUCAGCUCUCAGCACUGUUUUUGAUACGGCGUCAAAUGCACCUUCAUCUGAAUGUCUUGUUGAUUUUGGUUUUGAGUGGAAAUGAGAAUCAUGAUAGUGAAACAGUUAAUCUGACUGAGACACUUCGAUGUUGUUCCACAAAAUGUAUUAUUCGUUUUUGAAUGUGUUUGCAUAACAUUUAUAUUACUGUAAGCUAGGCUAGUCAUCGAUUUAAUGAGGCAGUAAGUGAUACUAUGUCCAAUAAAUGUUAACAUUUUGGUUGGCUUGAGUAAGCCUGGGACACUUUGGUGUGCUGUCUCAAGCAAGCCAAGGUGAAAGUGAUGCCCAUGACAUCUAUGACCUUUUGACAAUUUCCCAGGACACAGAUGGGUAUCUCUUCAGAUCAUAUCUUGGAUGACACCAGAGCUGUUAGUUGAUCUCAAAUCCUUUACAUGAUACAUACCAUUUCAUCAAUCCAAUAUGAAUGAAUGAGCAAACUAAUCAGUUAUAGAAUUUGAGGUGGCCAAACUAGAAAAACUUCAAAGCCCACAUCUCUUAACAGAUACUUCCCCAUCUCUCCCUCAAAGACCUUUCACAACAAUGUCACGUUCAAAGUCCCAGUCAAGACCAGGUUAUAUAAUGGCAUACAGCAGGGGAAUCUAAACACAGGGCCUGGUUGCAUACAGGCUGAGAGGAAAGGUGGAGAGGUCAUGUGUUACAGUGCGGGGGCUUUUUUGAUGCUACCGCAUGUCACACAGCACCUGUUCAUCUGGCUGUGGUGAUAUUGUCCUGGAUAACCAGCCAGCUCCCCCCUUUCUCUUUCAUCUGGUUCCUGCCUCUCCCUGGAACCAGGGCUGGACGUCCUACCUAGACGCAUCACACAGGUGUCAAAUUGCUAAAAUUACUCACAUAUUUACCCAGAUAAAGCCCCUUUGAUAGCCUUUAGGGCCCCUUUAACGGACCAGUCGACUGGCCGGCGGGUUGCGAUUAUUUUGGGUGGCCCCACCGUGCCCUACUUUAGGGGUGCAUUGCUGACAGGCAGCCCGGUGGUAAAACUCUUCAUCAUCAUGGAGUUUGCCAAACAGCAUUGGCACUUGGAUUGGAACCAGUGCUAUGGUCAGAUUAUAUGAAAAUAGAGCUCUUUGGCCAUGCACACCAGUCAUGGGUUUUGCUUCGAAAGAAAGAUGCAUAUGAGAAAAGAACCCCAUACCUACUGUAAAAUAUGGUGGUGGAUCUUUGAUGUUAUGGGGCUAUUUUGCUUCCACUGGUCCUGGGGCCCUUGUUAAGGUCAACAGCAUCAUGAACAUUACCCAGUACCAGCACAUUUUAGCCAAGAACCUGGUUGCCUCUGCCAGGAGGCUGAAACUGGGCUUCAAGUGGAUCUUCCAGCAAGACAAUAACUCCAAGCACACAUCAACAUCCACAAAGAAAUGGUUAAUUGACCAUAAAAAUCAACUUUUUUCAAUGGCCAUCACAGUCUCCUGACUUGAACCUCAUUGAAAACCUGUGGUUCAAAUUGAAGAGGGCAGUCCAUAAGCGCAGAAGAAGGAUAUCAAGGAUCUGGAAAUAUUCUGUAGGGAGGAAUGGUCUAAGAUCCCUCCCUAUAUGUUCUUUAAUCUCAUAAAACGUUUUAUAAAAAGGCUCAGUGCCGUUAUCCUCGCAAGGUGAGGUAUUGAAAACAGGGGCGGCGAUAAUUUAGACCCCUAUCUUCUGGAGAUUUUUUUUUAUUACUUGUUAAACAAAAUCUCUUUCUCUGAACAAUUGUAUUAGUAUAAAAUAAUAUAAUGCGAUGUUUAUUUUGCAUACAAUAUAGGCAGUAUUUGUAAUAUUUAUUCUAUACAGAAUUUUUUGCUCAACUUUAUCAAUGGUGCCAAUCAUUUUGGACCUGACUGUAUUUCACCAUAAAGAGAUUUAUCAUAGUAUUAUCAUAUAUACAUUUAUCAUAUGGAUGUGUUUAGCUGUCCGUCUGAUCUCAUGCAUGCAGGCCUCUAUCCUUAGGGGAAAGCACAGGGCAUUCAAAGCAUAUUUCCCCUUGCUUGGCUAACAGACUCCUUGCUCCGGCCAAACGCUACACCACGCCCAUGGAUGUUAGUUUCUUCUCCGCACUGAGUCUGGAUCUGAGUACCUCCCUGACCCUUCAAUGAAUGCGAACACAUUCGGGGCCGUCUGAUUGUUACAGAAACCGAUGGGUUGGGCCAGAGCCAGAACACAGAGGUUUUAAAAUUCCUCAUUGGCUUUGAUACUCUGAUGACUUUGUUUUGUACAACCCACCUAGUGCCCCUCGUCACCACACAUUACUUAAAUGAUGGUAGUCUCAGACCAGGGCCAGCCCGCCCAUUAGGCAGCGGUCUAUGGCGGCAGAUUGACAAGGGCGGCAUUUUGCAAGCUAAACUGACCAAGACGCACCUUUAACAACACAUAAAACCUCACAUAAUUCGGCCCAAAAACAAUGACAAUUUCUCUCAACCAGUGGCAUAUGGGCUUUUUAGAUGAGCGCUGAUGCCGCCCUGUGAUAAGCAGUGGCCACUUUGUCAAAGGCAGGGGCGUACAUUUUUUUUGCUUGUCCAUUCCCAGCGCGUCUCUCCAGGGUGCUGUUGGAGAGACGCAUCGCUGCAAAUCAGGACUAAUAAAGCCAAUGCAACUGCCUGGUUUACAAACAGUAGGCCUACCACAUGGAUGGACAUUCAUAACAUUCCAUUGUGGGCUGACACUGUAGGCUACACCCCAAUAAGCACAGACAGACUCCAACUUCUGUUGGACGUCUUUUUUUGGUCCUGUCCUGAUCGGACGUCUUUUUUGAGUGCGUUCAAGACUAGCCUUGAACCAAUAAUAGACGUCUAUGAUUUGUUCAGAUCUGGUCCAAUCUGGACCAGCCUUGAUUUGGCCCAAACAUAGAUGUCUAUGUUUGGUUCAGAUUUGGUGUGGUCAGAUCAGCCUUGAUUUCAAUGUCCACGGACGUUGAUUUUUGUUCUGGUCUGGACCAAAUCUUAACCAAUCAUAGACUUGAAUGUUUGGCUCAGAUUUGGUCCGGUCUGGACAGGCCUUGAUUUGGUCCAAAAAUAGACGUCUAUAAAUGACAUCUUUUCAACUUUCAUUCAGAACCGAAAAUGAACCUGAUUUCAACAUCCGGAAAAUACGUCUUUUAAACGUCCAGAAAAUAUGUAUUUUCACCUUUAAUUCAGAACCUAAAAUGAACCUAACUUAAAUGUCUGGAAAAUACUUGUUUUAGAUGUCUUUUCAACAACAUUUUGCUUACUGUGACUAUUCUAGAUAUGCAGGGUAUACAAGGGCAGCCAUAUUUUUUUGUCUCACCUAGGGCGGCAGAACAGCCAGGAAGUAUGUAGCGAACGACAGAGCAGCGGAAUAAUUUUGUUUGAGUCGUCAGGCUAUAUUUUCCCCUCCGUUGAAGAAUGUGUGGAACACUGUGAAAUAUGAUGUCAUAAAAGAAUGAAGACGGGGAAAGACGGCAACCCUUGUCGAAUUCCACAGCUGCAGCUGCAGCCCAUAAACAUGCACAUGAUGUACAGUACUAAACACACUUUCUAGGGGCUUCAGAUUCAUUCCACUGAUUCAUCUAUUUAUGAUGAGCUGAUCUGUGUGUAUCGUGGUGCUCUUGCCUAAAUGCUUUUUUGCUCAAGGCAUCUCUAGAGUAUGUGAUAGGUGCUGGAAAUACGAUUUAAGUCCAAUGUCAGGGAUUGCAAUAGGCCACCCAAUAGACACCCAAUUACUUCCAUGGGUUAUUGUUGGCAGGUAGUAAGACAAACUUAGGUAGACCAGUGUCUUGGUAAGGUGUUGUUUGUGGCUAACCGAGAGAGGUAGCUAGCAUCAUUGGGGUUGUUAAUCUCACCUCUGACCCAUAUUGGCAUUAUGCCAUUCAUUCUGGCUCUCUGUAAAUCCUCAAGACCCCCUUUUCCUGUCAGCACAGACACACAGUGUGUUCCCCAAAGAGCGCCAUUGGAGAUAUACAACAGAGAAGAGAGGCAAGAAUAUUAUCUGAACUCUCUCCCCAGAUUGUGUGUGCUGAAAACAAAUGGGUCUUCUGGACAGAAAACCAGUAAACGUGUACAGCACGUAUCGUUCUCCCUAUCUCUGUGUGCAUCCCACAUCUGGCACCUCAUUCCUUUCCAACACUGUCAUGUUUAGGAAAGUAUUUUUGAUGCAGCAGACAGUGGAAAUCUCCAGAAUCAAGGCCUGAGGAGAGCCUCAGUUCUUCACAACGAUCUUUGAUAUCAGCAUAUCAUGCUCAAAUUUUCUAUGUUUAGCUCGAAAAAUAUUAAAAUCCUCAAACUGUGGAGUCCACAACUGUUUUCAUAUACAGUGGGGAGAACAAGUAUUUGAUACACUGCCGAUUUUGUAGGUUUUCCUACUUACAAAGCAUGUAGAGGUCUGUCAUUUUUAUUAUAGGUACACUUCAACUGUGAGAGACGGAAUCUAAAACAAAAAUCCAGAAAAUCACAUUGUAUGAUUUUUAAGUAAUUAAUUUGCAUUUUAUUGCAUGACAUAAGUAUUUGAUAACCUACCAACCAGUAAGAAUUCCGGGUCUCACAGACCUAUUAGUUUUUCUUUCAGAAGCCCUCCUGUUCUCUACUCAUUACCUGUAUUAACUGCACCUGUUUGAACUCGUUACCUGUAUAAAAGACACCUGUCCACACACUCAAUCAAACAGACUCCAACCUCUCCACAAUGGCCAAGACCAGAGAGCUGUGUAAGGACAUCAGGGAUAAAAUUGUAGACCUACACAAGGCUGGGAUGGGCUACAGGACAAUAGGCAAGCAGCUUGGUGAGAAGGCAACAACUGUUGGCGCAAUUAUUAGAAAAUGGAAGAAGUUCAAGAUGACGGUCAAUCACCCUCGGUCUGGGGCUCCAUGCAAGAUCUCACUUCGUGGGGCAUCAAUUAUCAUGAGGAAGGUGAGGGAUCAGCCCAGAACUACACGGCAGGACCUGGUCAAUGACCUGAAGAGAGCUGGGACCACAGUCUCAAAGAAAACCAUUAGUAACACACCAUCAUGGAUUAAAAUCCUGCAGCGCACGCAAGUCCCCCUGCUCAAGCCAGCGCAUGUCCAGGCCCAUCUGAAGUUUGCCAAUGACCAUCUGGAUGAUCCAGAGGAGGAAUGGGAGAAGGUCAUGUGGUCUGAUGAGACAAAAAUAGAGCUUUUUGGUCUAAACUCCACUCACCGUGUUUGGAGGAAGAAGAAGGAUGAGUACAACCCCAAGAACACCAUCCCAACCGUGAAGCAUGGAGGUGGAAACAUCAUUCUUUGGGGAUGCUUUUCUGCAAAGGGGACAGGACGACUGCACCUUAUUGAGGGGAGGAUGGAUGGGGCCAUGUAUCGCGAGAUCUUGGCCAACAACCUCCUUCCCUCAGUAAGAGCAUUGAAGAUGGGUCGUGGCUGGGUCUUACAGCAUGACAACGACCCGAAACACACAGCCAGGGCAACUAAGGAGUGGCUCCGUAAGAAGCAUCUCAAGGUCCUGGAGUGGCCUAGCCAGUCUCCAGACCUGAACCCAAUAGAAAAUCUUUGGAGGGAGCUGAAAGUCCGUAUUGCCCAGCGACAGCCCUGAAACCUGAAGGAUCUGGAGAAGGUCUGUAUGGAGGAGUGGGCCAAAAUCCCUGCUGCAGUGUGUGCAAACCUGGUCAAGACCUACAGGAAACAUAUGAUCUCUGUAAUUGCAAACAAAGGUUUCUGUACCAAAUAUUAAGUUCUGCUUUUCUGAUGUAUCAAAUACUUAUGUCAUGCAAUAAAAUGCAAAUGAAUUACUUAAAAAUCAUACAAUGUGAUUUUCUGGAUUUUUGUUUUAGAUUCCGUCUCUCACAGUAGAAGUGCACCUAUGAUAAAAAUGACAGACCUCUACAUGCUUUGUAAGUAGGAAAACCUACAAAAUCGGCGGUGUAUCAAAUACUUGUUCUCCCCACUGUAUUUCUAUCUUGUCAAGGCAACGGAUGGUCUUGUGUAUUAGAAAACUGAGAAGACCUGAUCAUAUGUCUCAUUUUAACAUAUGCACCUCUCCUAUCUCUCUAUUUCUUUCACACUUUCACAACUUUUAAGGAAAAAGCCAAGUGAGAACUCAUUCUCUAACUAGUCCAAAGCCUGGCAUUUUAUCUGCUUGUCAGCGAUUCCCACGUUUGAAACAUUGUUACCCCCUCACAACCUAUGGGGCCAGAAGAAGCUCUGAAAAAGGGUGGGGGCAUUCCCGGACCCCUCUCUCUUACCAUCUCUCUUCCCCUUUUAGGAGCGGUGAUAAGAUCAGUCCCACCCUGCGUCCAUCACCGCUGUAGCCAUAGCCGAUCUGAGUAAGACAUUUAAACAGGCUGCGGGGCCAGACGGAAUACCAGAACACUUACUCAGAGCAUGCGCUGACCAGCUGGCAAGUGUCUUCACUGACAUUUUCAACCUAUCCCCGACCCAGUCUGUAAUACCAACUUGUUUCAAGCAGAUCAUCAUAGUCCCCGUGCCUAAGAACGCCAAGGUAACCUGCCUAAACGACUAUCACCCCGUAGCACUCAUAUCUAUAGCCAUGAAAUGCUUUGAAAGGCUCACAUUUACACCAUUAUCCCAGACACACUGGACCCACUCCAAUUCGCAUACCACCCCAACAGAUCCACAGAUGACACAAUCUCUAUUGCACUCCACAUUGCCCUCACCGCCCUGGACAAAAGGAAUAUGUAGGAAUGCUGUUCAUUGACUACAGCUCAGCAUUCAACACCAUAGUCCCCUCCAAGCUCAUCACAAAGCUGGGGACCCUGGGACUUAAUACCUCCAUCUGCAACUGGAUCCUGGACUUCCUGACGGGCCGCCCCCAGGCUGAGGGUAGGCAACAAUCCAUCUGCCAUGCUAACCAUCAACACCGGGGCCCCUCAGGGGUGUAUGCUCAUGUCCACAUCACUAAGGAAUUAACAUGGUCCACACACACCCACACAGUCAUAAAGAGGGCAUGACAGUGCCUCUUCCCCCUCAGGAGGCUGAAAAUAUUUGUCAUCGGCCCUCAGAUCCUCCAAAAGUUCUACAGCUGCACCAUUGAGAGCAUCUUGACUGGCUUAUUCACCGCUUGGUAUGGCAACUGUUGGCAUUCGACUGCAAGGCGCUUCAGAGGGUAGUGAGUAGAGCUCAGUACAUCACUGGGGCCGAGCUCCCUGCCAUCCAGGACUUCUACCAGGCAGUGUCAGAGGAAGGCCCACAAAAUUGUCAAAGACUCCAGCCACCGAAGCCAUGGACUGUUCUCUCUGCUACCCACACGACAAGCGGUACCAGUGCACCAAGUCUGAAACCAAGAGGACCCUGAACAGAUUCUACCCCCAAGCCAUAAGACUGCUAAACAAGACUCAUAAAUAGCUAAUCAAAUCUCUACCCGCUGGUGCUACUGUCUAUUAUCUAUCCUGUUGCUUAGUCACUUUAACCCUACUUAUAUGUACAUACCAACCUCAAUUACCUCGUACACCUGCACAUUGACUCAGUACUGGUACUCCCUGUAUUUAGCCAUGUUAUUUUUACUCGUCAUUGUUAUUCUUUAUUCACUGUGUAUUUAUUCCUCGUGUCACUAUUUCAAUUAUUUUUAUUUAUUUUUAUUUAUUUUUAUCUUUAACUCUGCAUUGUUGAAAAAGGACCCGUAAGUAAGCAAUUCACUGUUAGUCUACACCUAUUGUUUUCAAAGCAUGUGACAAACAAAAAUUGAUUUGAUUUGAUUUGAAGACUGCUAAUGACUGCUUGUCUCAUAUCCUCGGCCCAUGACUUACUGUGUGUGAGGAGGAAUCUCCUCCUUAUCUUAAAACAGAGCUGUAAAACAGAGCUGGGAUGGCCAGGCUACAGGCUAGACUAGAGUCACCUGAUCACUGUCCACCCGACUGAUCAUCGCUGAGACCUUGGUCAGACACCUGCAUGUCUGGGGAGAUAAGGGGAGAGCCAGGACAGUACUGGACAUCUCCACGAGCCAUUGAGAAAUGCUUCAAAACCACUGUCUGGGAAAUGAGUAGCUGGUCAAGACUGUGUGUAAUGGGCAGAAGGUUCCUUUUUCUGUCAGAGGAAAGGAGUGAUUUCAGUUCUCCUGACUGUUAUGACUUUGUGUCCCAUUGUUGGGCCUGCGUUUCCAUUAGUGGACAGGGACCUUACUGGAGUUUCACAGAAGUGGCACGGAAAAGCCUUCUGGGGGGAGAAAGGCUUCGAACUGAGCUUACUUCCUGCUUUUGUUGGGACACUGUGUGGAAUGUGGAUGAUUGUAUAAAUAUUUGCUCAAAAUUUCCUUUUCAUAUUCCUGCAAACGUGAACAUCUGUGCCUCUCGGGCUAAUGGUCACACCAUAAAACAAACAAACAAACAAUGGCACACAGGCAUGUCUUUGUGUUCCCACACCAGUGCGGUCAUAAGUUUGAAGUUUGAACAAAAUCGGCAAUCACUUAACUUCUGUUCCAACCCUCUCAAAGGCACUACGACUGUUAUUCCAGACCUUUUACUUACCUAUUUCCAUUUGACCUCAUAAGCGAUAUGCUGACAUCUCCAUGUUUAAGAUGAACAUCGUCAUGACUACCAUGGGAAUAUAACAACCACCCGCCAUUACCAUCAACUACAAACGUAUGCACUGCCACUAUGGUAUGUCGAGAGAUGAUGCAAUACCGCCAGGAUGAGGCUAGACCCUAAAACACAUUAAAAUGAGUUGCAUAAUCCCUUCCAGACUCGACUCCUCCUGGUCAAUGUUGACAUGAAGCUGGGGAAAGACUUAAUGGCCCAUGGCAGCAGGGGAAUGCAUUUAGUUGUAAAACAGACUCAACCUAUAUGGUUAACAUGUAACAAGUUGUAAAAUAUCCCAUAAGAACAUUCCUGUUUAGAUAAAAAUGUAACGAAAUAAAAAUGUGUUGAAUAUCAGAGUGGAUGGAUACCCUCCCCGGCAGGUUACAUCAUCUAACAUCACCCUCUUGUUAAAUCCACUGAUCCUUUUAGGCAUAUGAUGGGGCACCUUUAAGGUGAUGUUAUGACUGGACCCAAGAAUUUCAGAGGACAUCAUGUUUUUUUUAUCCCACACUUUUUGGUGGAUUAGGGACCAGUCAAUGUUUAACCUUCUAUCAGGCACGACAAAGGAAUGACAGAGUGAUAUAAAUCUCUGGAAUCAUUUGACCGUUUACCUCAACAAUAGAUUACAGCUCUCUUUAUCUCUUCCCCUCAUAAAAACACUGGGUUGAAUUACCUACAAACAGUAGCCCAGUAAACCCCAUUGCUUACUGGUUACCCAUUGUAAAGAUAAGGAACUAUACAAAACAACACAUUCUUACAUCCUUUCCCAGAGAACAUGUGGUAGUGUCUUGAAACAAAAUCUGUACAUUGCACAUCUAGUUCUCAGCCGUAAAAGUUAAAUUGGCAGCCCUACAGAGCCCUAUGACCCCACUAAGCUCACCAAACCCUCAUACCUCUGGUUCCUCAGGUCCACCAAGCCAGCUCCAACCCCCUGGGCUCCGGACUGGGCUACCUGGAGCACAUCUGCCAGCUCAUCGAGAAGAUUGGUCAGCUCCAGGAGCACAACCUCAGGCUGCAGAAGCAGAUCUGUGGCCUGCAGAAGGAUGGAAAGAUGACCAAGACCAAAGAGGUGAGUCACAUACAGACAGUACUAUACAGUAUCAUCAUCAGCAUACUCACACAGUGAGUGCUGGUCAUUGGUGGGCACCCUGGGAAGAAUCUGGAUUGGACUUGUGUCGUAUAAAAAAUAUAAAAAAUUGCGUCUUACCAAAAAUAGGCUUCCGCCAUAUUGCUUUUCCAUAACGUGUCCAGUCUUGUCAGAUCAGAGAGGGCGAAGAGAGUAAGCACUGA